CGGGGCGGAGCGCUUCCCUAAAGGAGGCGGGGUUGUCCGGGAGAACGGCGGCGGUGAAGGUGGAGGCCUCCGUGACCCUGUUGGACCCGCAGUUAUUCAUGUUGGCGCAAGGUGAAGUCUUGUGAUAAUUAGCUACAGAGGCUUUAUUGUAGCCCUGCAUCUACAGCAGAACGGAAAUGGCUUGUGCUGAGUUUUCUUUUCAUGUGCCAAGUCUAGAGGAACUAGCUGGAGUUCUGCAGAAGGGGUUAAGAGGUAACUUUGCCGAGGCACAGGUCUCUGUGGUUGAGUGUCCUGACUUGACUCAGGCACCAUUUACAUUUCCUGCGAAAGGCAUCUGUGGAAAAACUAGAAUCGCAGAAGUAGGAGGUGUGCCUUAUUUAAUGCCUCUGGUAAACCUCAAAAAAGUGUACGACCUGAAUAAGAUUGCGAAAGAAAUCAAGCUGCCCGGAGCUUUCAUUCUGGGAGCAGGGGCAGGCCCAUUUCAGACACUCGGCUUCAAUUCUGAGUUUAUGCCAGUGAUUCAAACAGAAAGUGAACACAGGGCUCCUGUGAAUGGAAGUUACUUUGCCCGUGUUAGCCCUGCAGAUGGAGGCUGCGUGCUACAGAAGUACAGUGAGAAAUACCAUGAUUUUGGAUGUGCUUUAUUGGCCAAUCUUUUUGCCAGUGAGGGACAACCUGGCAAGGUCAUUGAGGUGAAAGCCAAAAGAAGAACAGGCAAACUUAACUUUGUGACUUGCAUGAGGCAGACUCUGGAAAACCACUAUGGAGAAAAGCCUGUCGGGAUGGGAGGCGCUUUCCUGGUUGAGAAGGGUCAAGUGAAGGCUCACAUUAUGCCUGCAGAAUUUUCGCCUUGCCCAUUGACCUCCGAUGAGGAGGUGGCGGAAUGGUUGCGUUUCUAUGAGAUGAAGGCUCCUUUGGUUUGUCUGCCAGUUUUUGUCUCCAAAGACCCAGGGCUUGAUUUGCGCCUGGAGCACACGCACUUUUUCAGUCACCAUGGAGAAGGUGGACAUUACCAUUGUGAUACUACCCCAGAUACAGUGGAGUACCUUGGAUACUUCUCACCUGCAGAGUUUCUCUUCCGGAUUGAUCAACCAAUGGAAAGCCAUUCAUUUGGGCGAGAUUAAACAGCUGACACUCAUUUAGAGAAAGAAAUAAUUAAGUUUUUUUUUUCUUAAAAUUUAAAUCAAGCUUACUAAUUGAUAUGAACAUCAAAUGGACAUGAUUAAAACUUUGAGAUUAAGGGAUAUUUUCAAACUGAAUUCUGUCUUAUAAAUCUAUCUUAGAGAAAUGAUUGUGCACAGAGACGCAUAAUUGAGAUACUCGUUUUUUUCUAUAAUGUCAAUAAAAUCAGAAUCAUGAUUCAUGGCUGUAACACA